AUGAAUGCUUUUCAGACUCUCCUCCUCUUGGCUGUAGGCCUCUCUGUGGCCCACUCUUUGGACUACAAGGCACUCACACAGUUUAGAAAUAUGAUCCUGUGUAUGUUGCCUGAUAGCUGGCCUGCGCUGGACUACGCUGACUAUGGCUGCUACUGUGGUUAUGGAGGUUCUGGCACACCCGUUGACGAUCUGGACAGGUGCUGCCAAGUUCAUGACCAGUGCUACAGUGAUGCUAUGCAGCAUCCAAAGUGCUGGCCCAUCAUCGACAACCCUUACACUGAGUUCUACGACUACACCUGCGAUGAGGCGAACCGAAAGAUCACCUGCACAAGUGAGUUCACUUACAACAGAAAAGACAAAAAUGACGAAUGUGAGAUGUUCAUCUGCGAGUGCGACCGAGUAGCCGCAGAGUGCUUCGGCAGGUCAGAGUGGAACCCCGAGCACGAGCACCUGCCAAGUGACCGCUGCAAGUAA